UUGCGCAAUAAGUACUCUGCAAAUCAGUUUUUUCCACUAAACAGAGUCUCCAAUGCCAAACCAGGUUUAAAACAUGAAAAAUUAUUUGUCAGAACAAAUCAACAACGGCUGAACCUUUCGGUGUUUGUUUGUAAGCAUUCUCGACCGAUAAAACGGUUUUUACUAGCGCUGCUGAAAUUAACGGUAGAGAAUGAAAUCAUCGUUAUCAUUUAUAAUCGCCGCCUCUCUUGUUAUAAUUUUGAUUUUUGCCGAUUUCAACAACGGCAGUAGCCAGCACCACUGGAAGAAAAGAAAGAAGAUGAAGAAACACUUUUGUAACUCUGGAUCCGGUCACCACUCUUCCUACCAUCGGGUGCCGGCACCCUGCACAGCCAAUGCCAAUCCGCAGCUGCCCAGCUCCGUCGAGCCAAUGCCCAUCGAUCCAUAUCGUAUGUUGGGCAGAUGGUAUCAGUACUUGGUGUACUUCCCUAACGGCAGCGUCAACGCACUGGGCUACAAUUUCGUCAUCUAUUUUAACAACCUUGGCAACGAGACCCUUGUCCCGGGCACCGAUAUCCCGGCGCUCCUCGUGGAGGAUUACGAAAGCGCCAUCGACUCCACUACACAAUUAUGCAGCAGCGGUUAUGACGGUUUAGCGUAUCUGGCUUCGGACGGUACGAUUCGUACGACUUCGUUCGGCAAUUAUAACUCGGAUCCUUCGCAAUACAGUUUAGGGAUUUUCUCGAAUGUGGUAGCAUCAACGGAUUACGAUUCUUACGCGUUUCUCUACGAGUGUGACCGCGUCAGCAACAGCAGUCGCAGUGUAUGUGAAGAACCGUACCUGUACGUUAUGACGCGGGAUCGGCCGGAUAUGGUGACCUCCACGGUGAUAACGCGCAUGUCGAAGGAGAUCGAUCGCAUCCUGGGAAAGUACUGCUUCGACUCCUCGUACAUGAUGACACGCAAAUGGUUCCCGGCGUUGGGCGAAUGUCCAAACUACCAGCCUACCUUUGACUGUUACACGAAGCAAUAUAACGCCGCAAAAUUUCUGGCUGGUACCGGACCCAGCAAUGGACGCAUGACACCGCGUCCACGUCCCUUCCGAUUCUCAUUUUUUGGUUAAUGCUCAUAUACAUAUCUAACAACUUGUGGAAAAUCAAAUAGUCCAAGUUAUAUUUGGAUACUGAGACAUUUAAAACACUAGUAUUUCCCACGACAAGUGAAGUGAGGAGCAGCAGAAAUCUGUACUGUAUAGGUUAUACUGUAUGCAAAUGUUUAUCUUCCGACUCUUCGAAAGAUAAAUUCACGACAAAUGUCCUGGAUAGUUGUUUAAAAAUAA